GGGGACCCGGGGAAACGCAAGCUUUUGUAAAUUGCCUUCUCAGCAUCCACACUCCCUAAGUAUGCCUAUUCACUUGGAUCCUAGAAAAAGCCAGGGUAGCGAUUGUGAAGGUCAACUAUGCCUUUCCCAGCCCCAGCUUCUUACCCCACUCCUUGGAGGAACCCGACCAAUCAACGCUAUUCUAACGAAAUUAUAUGGGGGAGGGGAAGCAAGCUUCUGGAAGUAGCCAUGGGUGGCGCUGUUUGCCUUGUGAACUGAAGGGCAAGGGGUGGGGGCAGGUGUGAAGGAAGACAAAGCAUCAGCAGGCAUGAGGGGGUGAGAAUGCCUAAAAUCAGGGUACCCAUGCCUUCUCAGCACCUGCUUCUAGACCUCUCAAGAGGCCCCGCAGAAUCUCACUCUGGCUCACCACAAAACGCCACGUGCUGACGAGGAUCUCCACAUUUGUUCAGCUCCCUCGGACUAGCUAGCUUCUAUGGCUCGCCAAGGUGCUCUGGUGUGCCAGAGAGCAACUUAUAACAGGACUCAGCAAUGCUUAGUCCCCUACCUCCGAAAGAAGGAUGAAAUAAUCCUGGAUAUUUUUAUCGACAUGAGUAGUCAUUGUGGUAAAUGUCAGUAGGAAGUCUUGAGAAUCACAUGAAGUCUUUUAGAAUAAUAUCCUGGGGUUGCAAACUCCUUCAUGUCACUUACUGCUGCCACAUGAAACUGCUCAGGAGCGAGCUGAUUGUCCACUCUUAAUAAAAUGAGGUUGUUUAACCACCUUUGAUGUGCCGCUUAAUGGAGUUUGAAGGGUAAUACAUCACAAACAAUUAAGAGAUUUUUUUCCUUCGUGAGACAUUAACUGCUUCGAUGGAUAGAAAAUCUACUUCACUAUGACCCUUCAUAUAGCAUAAAAUCAGUUAAUUUAUACAUCUGUCUGCUAGAGACAAUCUUACAAAAUGUGUUUUUAACAUACUCGCACAUGUUCCGUUAUUAAUUUAUCAUCACACAUGUUAGUAAAUUAUAUCUGCAUACAUUUUGUGGAUAUACACUAGUUGGCAUGUACACAUUUGGGUAUUUCGCCUUUUGUUCCUUCCUAGUUUUAUUAUCUUAGACAUAGUCCUUAACCUUUACUGUGCUUUUAUCAAUCUAUUUCCUCUGUCCUUUCUGCCAAAAAAAAAAAUCAUAUUAGCAGAAGAAUCCCAUCAAAUGGUCUAUAAGAAUACUUUGUGAGCUGUAAAGGACUGUACAGACAUACCAAGGUAAUCUUUCAAAUUAAGAAGUCUACAACCUGAGGAAUGAAUGAAUGUGAACCAGCUGUCCUCUCCCCCAUCCCUCCUCCACUGCAGUUCAAAUACCCACAUGAAGAGACCAUGUUCAGCCUCCUUUCUGCAAACUGCAGGCAUCUAUCUCCUCAUCCCAAGGAUGGCUUUUCAAAUCUUGCCAGCAUCCAUGUGCAGAACAUCUGGACUAAGACCGUUCCACAUACAAUUCUUUGAAGCACCGGCUGCCUGGAAGAAAUACUUUGAUUUGGGCUUCAUUAAAAUGCCUCAACUUCUAUUAGGGACACAAAAGAUUUUUUUUUCUAGUAAGAGCUCUCUUGGGAAGAAGACCGACCUCUAGCUAGUUAGAUCACUCAGAAGCCAAGUGGCUGGAAUGUCACUAAAGCACCAUGCAAUGGAAAUCUUGCUGCGAGCUUGUAACAUGCAGAAACAGCUGGCUUGGGUCUGUGGCUGACCCGGGGUGAAACCAUUGUGGUAAUUAGAUUUAAUUUUCUUAAUCCAAUAGUGCUUGACUGCAACGUGUCUGCAUCUCCUAGGCAGAAAAGGCAUGAUUCUCCUUUAACAAUGCUUUGACGUGUUUAAGACUUCUGCAGCUUAGUCCCUUCAGAGAAGUCACUUCUUCUCGAGUAUAAGGACACCCAUCCAGACAGCUAUGUGUAUCAAGGAGUUUCACAUAGACGUUAUCUUGCUUCAGUAACUUCCCAGAAAGAUCUCAACACAACAAAUACGUCUUAAAUAUCAAUAUAUAUCCUAUUCUGCUAGUUCAGUGUGCCCUGCUAUCUGCUCAUUUAGAAAGAUGGAUCAGCCACGAAGACAUUGAUGAGCCCGGGGCGUUUGGAUUUGAACCGCUUCUACACUCUCGGGGGCAUAUGACUUCAUGCUACAGCUCUCUGGGGUUACCCACUCUGCAACAGCGCCAGAGCUCCAGAAGCUACAAGGGGGGAAAAAGUGUUCUUGAGAUGAGAGAAGCAAAGACUGACAUUCAUGAAUCUGUCUGCUCGCGUCUGUUUAUGUUAUACAGAACAGCCGUCGGUAUUGUUACCUCAGAAGACCGGGGUUAUUUUAUUCGAGUGCAGGUCGUGCGUACUGUCUCCCCCCCAAACUGGCUCACAGCGCCACGCCGUACCAUGUCGUGUCCCCGGGAAUCUUAAUUGCCUGGGCUAUUAGAAAAGAACAUCCGACCGCUGCUGGUAAUUGAACACGGUGCAUUUUGAUAGCUUAAAAAGAAAGAUCAGAUAGAGUCACACAAGUUCUCAGUAUGUCUUAAGCCGUCCCCCCUAAAAAAUAUAUAAGAAAAAAGAGGAAGGGAAAGCCUGGGGCAGCGGGAGUGUUCCAGAGAGCGAACUGCUCCGGACUUCAAACACUGGGAGUCAUUCUGUCAAGGGGAGGGGGCGGGCGGGGGCAGGCACUGGGCCUCUGUAACAAAGUCCUCCUCUCUUUGCUCCCUCCCACUUCAUUCACUUGCAAAUCAGUGUGUGCCCACAAGAGCCAGCUCUCUGGAGCCGUAACCUUCCCAUCCCGAGAGCUGCAGUUCCAGCCACAGCAGCAAGAAGCACAGAGCAGAAGACCGUGGUGGAGGCAGGAGCAUCCUGGGCGAGUGGCAGGGUGUCCCCAGGAGCCGGAAGGCAAACCGAGGUACCCUCUGAAAGCCAAGCAAAGAACAUUAAGGAAGGAAGGAGGAAUGAGCCUGGAUUUGGUGCAGUGAAAAGAGGCGUAUUAAGAAAAGGGGAGCUCACACCCAGACUCGACUGCCUGCCUUGCCAGCAUCAUGAGAACUUACCGGUACUUCUUGCUGCUCUUUUGGGUCGGCCAGCCCUACCCAACUUUCUCAAACCCAUUAUCUAAAAGGACUAGUGGCUUCCCAGCAAAGAGGAAAGCCCUGGAGCUCUCUGCAAACAGCAGGAAUGAGCUGAGCCGUUCGAAAAGGAGUUGGAUGUGGAAUCAGUUCUUCCUCCUGGAGGAAUACACGGGAUCCGAUUAUCAGUACGUGGGCAAGUUACAUUCAGACCAGGAUAGAGGAGAUGGAUCACUUAAAUAUAUCCUUUCAGGAGAUGGAGCGGGCGAUCUCUUCAUUAUCAAUGAGAACACAGGCGACAUACAGGCCACCAAGAGGCUGGACAGGGAAGAAAAACCUGUUUACAUCCUUCGAGCUCAAGCUGUCAACAGAAGGACAGGGAGACCCGUCGAGCCUGAGUCUGAAUUCAUCAUCAAGAUCCACGACAUCAAUGACAAUGAGCCAAUAUUCACCAAGGACGUUUACACAGCCACAGUCCCGGAGAUGGCUGAUGUUGGCACAUUUGUGGUCCAAGUCACGGCGACUGAUGCUGACGACCCAACAUAUGGGAACAGUGCUAAAGUCGUCUAUAGCAUCCUGCAGGGACAGCCCUACUUUUCAGUGGAAUCGGAAACAGGUAUCAUCAAGACAGCGUUGCUCAACAUGGAUCGAGAAAACAGAGAACAGUACCAAGUGGUGAUUCAGGCCAAGGACAUGGGCGGCCAGAUGGGAGGACUGUCGGGGACUACGACCGUGAACAUCACGCUGACAGAUGUCAAUGACAACCCACCCCGUUUCCCCCAGAGUACCUACCAGUUUAAGACCCCCGAGUCCUCUCCACCGGGAACGCCAAUUGGCAGGAUCAAAGCCAGUGAUGCCGAUGUGGGAGAAAAUGCGGAGAUCGAGUACAGCAUCACUGACGGUGAGGGACACGAGAUGUUUGAUGUCAUCACCGACCAGGAAACCCAGGAAGGGAUCAUAACUGUCAAAAAGCUCUUGGAUUUUGAGAAGAAGAAGGUGUACACCCUCAAGGUGGAAGCCUCCAAUCCCCACGUCGAACCCCGAUUUCUCUACCUGGGUCCCUUCAAAGACUCGGCCACGGUGAGAAUCGUGGUGGACGAUGUGGACGAACCUCCUGUCUUCAGCAAACUGGCCUACAUCCUACAGAUACGGGAGGAUGCCCGGAUAAAUACGACCAUAGGCUCUGUCGCAGCUCAGGAUCCUGACGCUGCCAGGAAUCCUGUCAAGUAUUCUGUGGAUAGACACACAGAUAUGGACAGGAUAUUCAACAUUGAUUCUGGAAAUGGUUCGAUUUUUACAUCAAAACUUCUCGACCGGGAAACCCUGCUGUGGCACAACAUCACAGUGAUCGCAACGGAGAUUAAUAACCCAAAGCAAAGCAGCCGCGUUCCUCUAUAUAUUAAAGUUCUCGACGUCAACGACAAUGCCCCAGAGUUUGCUGAGUUCUAUGAAACUUUUGUCUGUGAAAAAGCAAAGGCAGAUCAGCUGAUUCAGACCCUGCGUGCUGUUGACAAGGAUGAUCCUUACAGCGGACACCAAUUUUCCUUCUCCUUGGCCCCAGAAGCAGCCAGCAGCUCAAACUUUACUAUACAAGACAACAAAGACAACACUGCAGGGAUCCUAACUCGGAAAAAUGGCUAUAACAGACACGAGAUGAGCACCUAUCUCCUGCCUGUGGUCAUUUCGGACAACGACUACCCAGUCCAAAGCAGCACUGGGACAGUGACUGUCCGGGUCUGUGCAUGUGACCACCAUGGGAACAUGCAGUCCUGCCACGCCGAGGCCCUCAUCCACCCCACAGGGCUGAGCACAGGGGCUCUGGUGGCCAUCCUUCUGUGCAUCGUGAUCCUACUAGGUAAACUGCUUCUCCCUGCAUCCUAUCUCCCCUUGGUGAGGGGCACACACUGUUACUGUGACACUCUAGAUUUUUCCGCCUCCCCCAGUAAGGCAUACAGCCUGAUCUAGUGACAGUGGUGCUGUUCGCAGCUCUGAGGCGGCAGCGAAAGAAAGAGCCUUUGAUCAUUUCCAAAGAGGACAUCAGAGAUAACAUUGUCAGUUACAACGACGAAGGUGGCGGAGAGGAAGACACCCAGGCCUUUGAUAUCGGAACCCUGAGGAACCCUGAAGCCAUGGAGGACAGCAAAUCGCGCAGGGACAUUGUGCCUGAAGCUCUUUUUCUACCCCGGCGGACUCCAACAGCUCGUGACAACACGGAUGUCAGAGAUUUCAUUAACCAAAGGUUAAAGGAAAAUGACACGGACCCAACAGCCCCUCCUUACGACUCCUUGGCCACCUAUGCCUACGAAGGCACCGGCUCUGUGGCCGACUCCCUGAGCUCGCUGGAAUCCGUGACCACGGAUGGAGAUCAAGAUUAUGACUAUUUGAGUGACUGGGGCCCUCGGUUCAAAAAGCUGGCAGAUAUGUAUGGAGGGAUGGACAGUGACAAAGACUCCUAAUCUGUUGCCUUUUUCAUUUUCCAAUAUGACACUGGACUGUGUGACGUGGCUAGUCCUUUCUAUUUAUCCACUAUUCCGUGAGGGGUUCUCCCGUUGUACCUGGUCCAAAAGUCAAUGGCUGCAGUCCGUGUGGAUCCAAUGGUAGAGACUUUUUUCUAGUACACUUUUAUGAGCUUCCAAGAGGCAAAUUUUUAUUUUUUAGUUCAUGCAGUUAACCAAGUUAGCCCAGCAGACACGCGGAGGGAGGAGAGGUAGGAACGGCCCUUGUCCCCUUAGAGCCGGUCGGCCACAUCCCUUACUGCUGGCCUAGACUCUACUACUUCCUUCAUGGCCUCCAGUCAGCUGAAUGUUCCUACUGUACAUUUCACAUGCUAAUGGAAGAAGGGAUCAUUUUAAUGAUAGAAAUAUAGUUUUAGCAUUUAAAAAGGGGGGUAACAAUUGGGAAAUUGUUCCUGGUCUAUCAGCUCUCAAGGAGAUAAUUAACUUUGGAGCGGUUUGUAAGGAUGUGUGUGUGUGUGUGUGUGUGUGUGUGUGUGUGUGUGUGUGUGUGUGUGUCAAGGAAUUAAAGUGGUAUCUGGGGCAUCCUGUCUGUGCUGGGAAAGGUGUUCCUAGCACCAACAACCACCCAUAACGUCAAAUCCUUCCGUGUUUUAAGAUGAUUUAGGAGCAAAUCAAAUGGUAUCGUUCAAAGACAGUGAUGAAAGACGAAGGUGUGUUCCCUGACACGAUUUGGUUGCAUGUGAUAAACAUAGAAGGUUCACCAUCACACCAAACCAAGGGAAGAAGAGAAAUAGCUUUACAAAAAAAAAAAAAAAAAAAAAAAAAAAAAAGUUAACAAAGGGAAUCAGGGAAAUUUAGGGAAUUUCAAGGUUUUGUGCCAUCAAGUAUCUCGGUUCCCUUCAUUCUUUCAACUAUCAGGAAUCUAAUGAGAAGUAGGUCUAAUACUAUAAAUGUCCUAGAGAGAAUUUCCUGAGGCAAAUGUUAACUCUUUGUAGUUGUGGUUGCUAUUAUCCUCCUGUACCUGAGUAUAGAAGUGUGAAGUACAAUAAUUCAUAUUCUUCAAAUACUUCUUUUAUAUAAUUAACCUGACUUAGUGCGGCUUAGUAGAUUGAAUACCCCACCCUAGAGCUCAAGGGGAAGGUGAGAGCCAGUCACAUUUGAACCUAACCCCUGCCCUUUGACCUCGGAGCCAUCCCUACACUGCAGCAAGGGAAAGAAAUGACUAGCACUGAGAUGUUGGUGGAAGCCAGCAUUCCCUGCUCCUACAAGGCUCACAGAAGAAGAGCAUGGAUCCCCUUCAGCAAGAAUGCUUAAGACUCGUGUCACAGGGACAGUCGAUUUCCAAACACAGCCAUGCUUUCCCAACUGGCUUCGGUAGCAACACUACCAUCCUUGUCUUUGAAAUGAUGAUAAAGUAAUAGUCUCAACUAUGAGAGAAAAGUAAUAUAAAAUCCAUACAAUCUAUUAUUGCUCUAAUUAUGCAGUUAGGCUCUCUUAGUCAGUUAUUAUCCAGGGGACCCAACUGAACCCAGUUAAUCCUUCUGGCAGGUUCAAAUCAUUUAUUUCAUAUGACCGUUCUAAUGACUCUCCCCAUUAGAUUCUCAUAGUGUGCAGUCAUCAGAAAUUUCCAAAGUACUGUAAUGAAAACAUCCUCAUUUGAAAACUUUAAAAAAAAAAGGCUCUGUACAUACAUAUAUAAUAUAUACUUAAGAAUGUGCUGAUUUCUCUUAAUAGUCAUAGGAAUUUAUUUUCAAUUAAUGUUCAUUUUAUAGAGAUAAUCUUAGUAUCAUCUCCAUUUCAGGGUGAGGUUUUAUCAACACAUUUUCUGUGUAGAAACACACUAUUGUUUAGUUGACUUUUAAAUAGGUGUGUUACCCAGGUGUAAAGGUGGCACCUGUGGAACGGGAGAACUGCGGAAUUUGGAAUACAGUUUAAAAAAAAAAAUAUAUAUAUAUAUAUAUAUAUAUUUACAACCACAUUGCCCUUUGUAUUUCCUGAAUGGUUUCCUGUUUGUGAUGGGAUAUCCCGAAUAGUGAUGAGUAUUUCAUGCUUAGGCUAUUUCCAGCUUUUAGGUUUUAUUUUUCUAAUUCUUCAUACACACACACAUACACACACACAGGAACACAAACAAAUGCUACAAGGUGGCUUCACUGAAUGUAUUCCAUUCGCAGGUAAGUAAUGAAAAAAGAUAGCCAAGGAAGAUUAAUAAGAGUUACUAAGAAUCACAAGAACUGCACUUUACACAGUUUAUUGUAAAAUUAGAAUGCUCUAUCUUAUAUCUUACAUUAUGUGACAAAUUGAACCAAGAAACAUAGUUCUUAAAAAGAAAGGUAUUAUCUAAAGUUGCCCUUUUGAGCUUCUGGUGUGAAGUUUGGUGUUAAAUUUCCAAGGGCUGACAAGAGCAAUUUCCAACCUUUUGGGAUAAAGUUGACCUCUCCUCUGAGUGCAAGUGUUCCUUGAAAGGAAGUUGAGUUGUCUGCCAGGUAAUUGGUCAAAGUUUUUUUUUAAUCUCACCCUGAAAAAUCACACAUCAUACCAAGAAUAGAUGACUAUGACUCAAUAUUGAAAUAACUAUUUAUUGUCUUAUCGCAAAGAUUGUUGGGGAAGCAAAUCUGCAAAGAAACUGAACUAUUUGAGUCCUGUAGGUGUCAAGUUCAGAGAAACUCUUGCCUCUAAGAAUCAUCACACAGCAAAUGGGAACUCCAACUUCAUCUCUCUCUGAAUUUCUGCUUCCCACCAAAAUACCAGGUUAAGAACAUCCCCACGGACAGAUUUCUUUGAGGGAUGAGUCCUGAGCCAACUUGAAAUGCCGUUCUGGGGGGGAGGGGGAGAACACAGUUUUCAGCCCACUUUUCAUAUUAUCUGUAUCUUGAUCUACAGACACAGGCAAUGAGAAUGACAAGAGAGCAGGAGGGGUCCAACUUUAGCAUUUGCUUUGUUGAACAUAAGCAGACUGGGUAGUAAUACAAGGUUGUUUCAAGAGCACUGAUGCCUGUCUAACUUUAAACCUCUUUUCAUCAGAAAGAGGGUCUUUAAACUUCUUAUGAUGCUUCCUAGAAUAAGCUGAGAUUUUAAAGAACAUUGAGCCAUUGUGCAUUAGGUUAAAAUUCCCUCACUAUCUGCUUUCUUCAGAAAAAUCUGAAAACAUUUGUCCUCAAAUAAGUAAAUAAAUCAAUUUGGAAAGAUGUGCAGACCAUUUCAUGAGACCCUAGGAGUGGAAAUCUGGGCAAUGUAAAUACGACUUCCCUACUUUCACAUUCUGGAGGUUCAGCUAGAGAGUCACUCUAUUUUCAGAUGGAACAAAGCUGGUGAUUUCAUUUUAAUUCAGGAUAAAAAUAUGUGGCUUAGUUCUCAUUUCCACUCCUCAAAGUGUUAUUAUACAAGAAACUGACUCUGGAUCUCAGAAGAGCCAAGUUUUGAGAAGCCAAAAUAACUUGUUAAUGUUUCCAUUAUGUAAUCUGUGUGUCUCAUGAACAAUAUUCUAUGUAGAAUGCUUUAUCGUGGAAGCAGGUAUUUCCUAGAGGAAAAGGAUUUAUAAAAUAUCAACAAGGCAUUCUGAGAUUCUGCAGCCUUGAGCACCAUAGAAACAUAACAGCAAAAAAGAAAAAAACAGUUGAUUCCUAGGUGCAAGCUAAAUAUUUGAAUGAGGUGCUUAUUCUAAUCAAAUAAAUGCCUUUUCUUUUACAGCCACCAAAUAAAUUCUCUUAGCCCCCAAAUACUAUGUUUGAAGUAGCAUAACAACUUUGGAAAACCACUCUAAGAAGUAAAAAUAUCUGCUAUUUUAAAAGACAGGCUCCAUUUUGUUUUUAAAAAAAUCAUUUUGCUGUAAUUUUAUUUUUUACUCUAUUUAGAUGAAAUUAUUUUUGAAUUGUUACAUUGUAGAAGGGGGGGCAGGAUACAGGCAGUUUACUGUAUUUAAACUAACACUCCACCCAACCUUCUUUCUCAGAUUAUACGGGCAGAAAGAUUAAUAACUAGUGUGGCCAUUUUCAGGACGAUGGGUUGCAUCCUGAGUUCUGACAAGCGUGUUUUCUUUGCCAGAGAGUGGAAUUACAUUGUGGUCUCCUCAGAGUUCAGUGACGAUCAUGGUUGCAGAGUUUUAAAUCUUCCUUUGACAUCUUUACAGAAUAAUUUUCAAAAGGGGUAAUUCUCUACUGAAAAUACCAGACCCUGACAAUAUUUAAUGCAAAGAGCAAUACCCUGUUAGGAAGCAAAUACAUCGGCUCACAGACUUGUUAAAACUUAAUAAAGAAAUAGCUCAUUUUUAAAGCCAGGAGUUUAUGGUCUCUGCAUCAUCGAUUUAAUUUAAGCAUUGCUGAGACAAUCUUUAAUCUCCCCAUUUUGUAAUACCUUAUUUAUGGUGCAUUCUCAUUUUUUAAUUUGGGGGGAACGUUAGCCUGCCAGAGCCACCAGAUGAAAGUGUUAAGAGGAGGUCAAACGGAAACAAAGGCCAUUACCCGCCAUAUUUCAGACAAGACUAGGGCACUUAGCCGAGGAGACACCCGGUUAUUAGAUUAAUUUCAAAAGACCUUUUACAAGUUGCUUAAUUCCCUUAAAAGAAAAAGAAGAAGAAGAAAACCCUUGGACCACAAACUCAAAUGUCCUUUCACAUGAGGUUAUUUGACAAAUGAGAAAUGGACUCAGUGUUGUAGAAAAAGCAGCCCUCUGUAAUGAGAUCUUGGUCUUUCGUGUGAGGCUAAUGCUACUUAUGUAAAUAUAUCUGGAGCACCUUCUGUAAGCUUUUAGUUUUCUAUGAUCUAUUAGUUUAGUGUUUAUUAUAAAAUAAAAUAAAAAACCCAUAUGUAGAAUCACUCGGCACUCACGGGGAAUGCUUGUACAACAAACGUCCAAUAGAUCUGCUCAGAAGAAACGCAGGAACACUUCAAACCCACUGUGCUGUUCUGUUUGCAAUUAUUCUUACUGCUUUGAAAGGAAGCCGCAUCAGAAUAGGCCUUGUAAUAAGCGCUGUGUGCGUCUUCUCUAAUACCAAGCUAAGGCCGUUUGGGUUCUCCUACUGUGACUUGUGAUUUCUAAACCAAGAAAAUAAAGGCUUUCUGGUGAUCUACUGUAGUUACUUAAAAAAUAAUUCAAGUAUAAACUGAAGCUUAUGCCACCCUUUGAAGACCUACUGGCCGGAGUCCACUAUCCGUUCGUGUCUUCAGCAAGAUGAACGAACGGAGGAUGGAAACAAUUGGGCUGGCUUCUAUCCUUGCGCCUAGUUCGGCAGCUUGCUGUAGCCUUACGUAUUACGUGGCAAAGUUUUCUGUGUUUGGAGAAUGAGGUAGCUCAGUGUGGCUGGGCCCUCUGUUGUAGUCAAAUGAGAGAUAACACCACUCCUUGACAUGGCUUCUUUUAGUUGGUUUUCUUUUCUUAGUCUUAUAAAUUUGAAAAGGAUGCAACUUUAAAAAAGUGAUUUCUCACAAAGAGUAAAUAUGCCUUUUGCAAAUCAAUUUUUGUAACGUUAUUUAUAUGAUAUUACUUAAUAAACUGUUUUUUUCUAA